AUGAAAUUUCAACAGAAUCUCGAAGCCCACAUAACACCCGAAUGGCGUACACAAUACAUCGAAUAUGCUCAACUAAAGGCGAUGAUACUCGAUGCCAUUGCACAGGCGCCACCCCCUGGCAGCAUUCAACACUCAGACUAUAUCAUUAAUUUCAAGCACAAACUCUUCGAAAUUUGCGAUAAAGAAUUAGAAAAGGUCAAUAUGUUUUACGAAGCGAAAUUAAUUGAGAUCACACGCAAAUACACAAACCUUAAGGAUGAACUCAAGUUGGCCAAAGAGUUGACAGGCAGCAGCGUAUUGGCGCGUUCAUCAUUCAUAGUUAAGAAGCCAUUCUUUAGACCAACGAUAGAUAUGACCAAGAUCUUGACACGUAGCGCCAGUCAUGAUUUUAAGGCGGCAUUUAGUGAGCUCUACUUGAAUGUGAUACUUUUGCGUAACUAUCAGAUUUUGAAUCAUACUGGGUUCCGUAAAGUUCUUAAGAAGUAUGAUAAGCGCUUUCGUGGAAGAGCUGGUCACGAUUACUUCGUAUCGAAAGUGGAAAAUGCACUUUUCCAUACCAACCGUGAAACCAAAGAGCUUUUAAGAAAAAUCGAGGAUGUAAUGACUUUUAAUCUGGAGCAUGGUGAUCGUCAUAAAGCCAUGCAGAAGCUACGUGUGCCACCACUCGCUGAUCAGACACAUCCAUGGACUUCGUUUCGUACGGGAUUUUCUUUGGGUGCCCUAAUCAUUCUAGUAAUUAUGGUUAUUUUAUCGU